CAAGAUGAUAAUAUUGAGGGCACUGAAAGUGAUGCGGAAGAAGAAAUUCAGACAGCACCCAACAGCGUUAGUGAUCAUUAUGUGGAUGAUUCUAUUGAAAAUGAGUACACUGCUGAAGAUUUUGAGAUUGUAGAUGAAGAGGCUGGUGGGAAAAUAUCUACCAGUAUUCAGAAUAGACUUAAAGGUGGUGUUACACCACCAGAGUACCAACGAAAAACGUACUGGGUGGAUGUUGAGUAUGAAGGAUUUGAUUAUGAUACUCGAACAAAACCAGAUUUGUUCUAUCGACCAAGAGUUUUCAUUUGGCUCCCUGAUCUUUUAACCGGCAAAAAACCCAACGGUUUGAGCAAAGUCCACUUGAAAUGCCCUGAAUGUAGAACCGCUAAUUUGGAAAGAAAGGAAUUUGUGAAAAAAACAAAAGCCAGAAGAAUUAUAGAUCAAUUUGAGUAAGUGUAUUUUCAUAUUGUCGCAUA